GGGACCUUCCCUCCCGCCCCCUUGGAGCUCCUUCUUCCACUUGGAGCUCCUUCUGGCAGCCACACGGGGCCUUUGUCGCGCGACGAUGGCGCAGUUGCUGCGGGGGGCUGCCCCUGUGCGGGUGAUUAGGAUCUGCAACCCUCCCCUCAACACCCUCAGCCCUGCCUCUACACAGGCUUUAGAACGAGAUGUGAAGCAGGCAAACACCGAUCCCUCUGUGAAAGCUGUUGUGAUUUGUGGGGCAAAUGGAAAAUUCAGUGCAGGUGCUGAUAUCAGAGGUUUUGCCAACAUUGACAAAGGCAAAUUCCCCAGUUUAGAGUCAGUUGUUUCUUUAAUAGAGAAGAGUGAAAAGCCGAUGGUAGCUGCAAUUGAAGACUUGGCAUUUGGAGGAGGUUUGGAGGUAGCACUGGGCUGUCAUUACAGGAUUGCAAAUAAAAAGGCUCGGGUAGGUUUACCUGAGGUUACAAUAGGUUUACUCCCUGGUGCUGGUGGGACUCAGCGGCUUCCUAGACUGAUUGGUGUACCAGCUGCACUCGAUAUCAUCACUACAGGAAAACAUGUGCCAGCUACUGAAGCACUGAAACUGGGAAUCUUAGAUGAGGUUGUGGAAGAAAACCCGAUUGAAGCAGCCAUAAACCUGGCAAAAAAAGUAUCAGAUCAGUCACUGGAACCUCGCAGGCUCUACCUGAAAGAAACUCCGAGACUACCCAACAUGGAAGCCUUCCUUGAUGAGGCUCUUUUGAAGGUGAAGAGAAGGGCAAAUGGGUGCCUCUCACCACAAAUGUGCUUUGAAGCUGUACGAGCCUCUGUGUACCUUCCCUUUGCAGAAGGAAUUCAGAAAGAGAAACAGCUCUUCUUGUACCUCAUGAGUUCAGGACAGUCUAAGGCAUUGCAGUAUGCCUUUUUUGCACAAAGAGCAACAGAGAAAUGGGUGUUGCCCAGUGGAGCAUCCUGGAAAACUGCAACCCCUCAGCGAGUCCAGAAAGCAGCUGUGAUAGGAUUAGGGACGAUGGGACGAGGCAUCGUGGCUUCUCUGCUGAAGGCUAAAAUUCCUGUAGUGGCUCUGGAGCAGGAUAAAAAACAGCUGGAGGUGGGAAGGGGAGCUAUUAUGGCUCUCUUAGAACGUGAAGCUUUAAAAAUGCAACAAAAUGGCCAUAAACUGGAUAAGCCUGUACUUCCUCACUUUACUCUGGAUUUUGAUGCACUGAAGGAUGUCGAUCUAGUCAUUGAGGCGGUAUUUGAGGAGAUGGCUCUCAAGAAGGAAAUCUUCCGUAAAUUGUCAAUAAUCUGCAAACCAGAAACCCUUCUUGGUACUAACACCUCGUACCUGGAUAUUGAUGAGAUUGCUUCUGUCACUAGUCACCCUCAUCAAGUCAUUGGCACCCAUUUCUUCUCACCAGCUCAUAUUAUGAAACUACAGGAAAUCAUCUAUGGUCAACAAACAUCCCCUACUGCCGUUGCUACUGCCAUGAGCCUAGCCAAAGCUAUGGGUAAAAUUGGGGUUGUUGUAGGGAAUUGCUUUGGUUUUGUUGGAAACCGAAUGUUGAAUCCUUACAUUGAGCAAACACUUUUUCUCAUAGAAGAAGGGAGCACUCCAGAAGAAGUAGACAAAGCUCUGCAGGAAUUUGGUUUUAAAAUGGGUCCCUUCCGGGUAUCAGAUCUUGCUGGGCUUGAUGUAGGUUGGAGGUCUAGAAAAGGGCAAGGCCUGACUGGAGACACUGUACCUCCUGGUACACCACCUUGCCACCGAGAUGGCAGACGAUACAGCCCAGUCCCUGAUAUCUUGUGUGAGAUGGGGAGAUAUGGUGAGAAAACAGGAAAGGGAUGGUACCAGUACGAUAAACCUGGGGGAAAGGUAGCACAGUCAGAUCCGUGGUUGCGUGGUUUUCUUUCUGAUUUUAGACAUGCUCACAACAUUACUGCACGCACCAUCAGCCAAGAUGAGAUCUUGGAGCGUUGCUUAUAUUCCCUUGCCAAUGAAGGUUUCCGAAUAUUAUCUGAGGGAAUUGCAUCUUGUCCAGAAGCCAUUGAUACCAUCUAUGUCAAUGGUUACGGCUGGCCCAAACAUAUGGGUGGUCCAAUGUUCUAUGCUUCUGAGGUUGGGUUGCCUAAAGUUCUAACAAAACUACUGAAGUAUGCUGAGGCUAAUCCUGACAUACCCAAACUGCAGCCCAGUGCCUUUCUGCGGAAGCUUGUAGCUUUGGGCAGUCCUCCUCUGAAAGAGUGGACAUCCCAUGUGAGAUCUCAUAACAGCAAGUUAUAAUUCCUCUGUUAAACAGCCUGUGUUGAAACAUUCUGACUGCUCCAUUCCAAACUGCAAUGUAGCAUGAUAUAAAACAAUGUGACUGUCUCUUCUGAUUUCAGUACAGUAUACACACAGACAUGCACACUGUCUCUGUGAAUGAUAAAUUGCUGCUCACAAUGGUGCCUUUUAUCAUACUAUUUCUUGAAAUGCUGCCUGGGGAUCUUACUUGAAAAUACACACUUUCCUAUCAAGCAUUACCCAUCUGGCAGGUAAUAUCUUCAUAGGCCUUAACUGAGCUGCCUAAAAUAGUAGAGAAAGAUGAGGAGAAAUUCAGAGGUUGAAAAAUACAGGGUACAUCCUGGGUAAACAGACUUCAGACUUGUGGGAUAUAAUAGGGCUUUUUUGUUCCAUAUUAGAAUGCAGAACCUGGUAAAAGAUAAACACUUAGAAUUGUAAUAUAGUAUUUAGAGCUCCAUUUUGAGUAUCAGAGCUGAACAGAACUCUGUUCCACAGACAAAUCUUUUGAUAUCUCCAAGCUUUCUUCAUUUCAGUGAUAUAAUCUGAGGGGACUGCUAUUUCUAAACACUGAGGAGAGUCUUUGCAUCAACUAAUGCUGAUCAUCUAGAAUUCUAGAAGAAGAUUGAGAUCUACUUUCUCUCCACCUCUGGCACCCUAACCUACAUUUAACUUUCUACAUCCACUCUUCUUCUAUCACUUUAUUUGCUACAUUGGGUUGCCCCUAGGAUACAGUGGCCAAGUAUUCAAACGUUUGCAAGAAGCCAUUUCUAUCAUAAGAUUGUUGUUCAUUUGUAUAUUAAAAGGGUAUCCUAUAUUUGUGGUCUCUUGCACCACUAAAUGAAAGCACAUUUAGAUUGAUUGAAAAUGACCAGAAACUCUUAGAUUUUGUUCUCUCCAACUUUAUUUUGGAGAUCCAUACAUAUUUUAGUUAUCCUAUGAUAUUUUCUGCCAGCUUUCUGUAUGAUCAAAGACUUUUUAUAUCAGCUCCAUAGGUUGGUUUAUUUUAACCGAGUAUAACAUUGGAAAGAACACUUAACAAAAUCCAGGACUUUUCAAUCAGUCUAGAUGUGCCCUAAAACAGUUCUUUAGUAGUGUCAAGGAAAUGCAACAGAUGAUACCUCAAUUUCAUAUCUGUUUCUGAUAACCUUCACAAGUAUUCUUUUCCUCUCACAAAUAAAGUGUCUGAUAACAUCUGAGAGAGAAAAAUAGUCCACUGCAAAAAAUAAAAAUGCAAUGAAUAAGAGCUCCUGAAGAGAAAGGGAAGCUGAAGAACAGAAGUUCCUCCUGUGGAGAAUUCAGCUUUCACCAUCUACAUGCUAAUAGGGACUUGUGAGUCAUAGCCACAAAUGUUUUUCAUGCUUUUCAUCCAGUACGAGUGUCUCCUUUCCAGAGGCACACAUCUGGAAGGUGCCAUAUUACACAUGCUCCUUCAAAGUAAUUGAGGAAUGUAUUUGUGCAAAGACUUCCUGAAAAUCUUUAAGCUCCAGGACUCCAAAAGCACUGUUUUUUUCCCCAAAAAAGAAAUUGGAAAAUUAUUUUAACCUAUCUGACUUUGCAGAGUAAAAUUAGUGUCUUCCUGUCUUCUGAAAUUUUGAAUGGUAGAAUCCACAUGAUUGCUCAUUCUAAUCUUCUCAAUUUGUUAUUUCUAGGAUUGAGAAAGUCAAAUUUAAGAUAACUGAAACGCAACUUCUUUUUUUCCUUAAAUAAAAAUAUUUUAGUACCCAUA